AUGUCGUUGUCACACAAGGAGAUGUUGACACGAUUAGGUCUUAUGGAGAAGCAGAUGACCGGAAUUACUGAAACUCUCUCUCGACUCGAAGCUCUUGCCUUCUCGGGUCAAAAUUGUGGCAAAGGCACUACUUCAUCAUCGUUUGAUUCACCUAAGGUAUCUAUUCCUCUUCUUAACCAUGGAAAUUCAUCACUAGGUUCUCGGAAGGAAGUGAUUAAGCGGAAGGAUCCUGAAGGGUUAACCAAACAUAAAGAAGCUAUGAAGAUGCAAUCUUCUGUUUUUGUAAGCCAAGACAACCUUGUGGGAAAUUCUGUGGAGCAGAUUACUUGGGGAAACAAAAUAACAGAGGCUGGUUCAUCUAACUCUCCGGUAGAGUUGCGCCCACGGCAAAGAUACACUGAUGCAGAACAUGAUGAUAGGAGAAACAAGAUCUGUUUCAAGUAUAAAGGACAAUUCUUUAAAGGUCACCCUUGUUCAAAAAGAUAG